AUGGCCCUCGACGCGCCGCCGGGCUCGCCUGCGCGCGCGCCCUCACCCUCGCCCUCCCCCUCCUCCCCACCGCCACGGCCGCGGUCGCUGCUCUCGCGCUUCACCGACCGCUUCGGCGCGCGCAACCGUGCGGUGGCCGCGUUCCACGUCGAGCCCGACGACCCGUGGCGGUCGUACGCGCCGGGCGACCUGGUGCGCGGCGCCGUGCGUCUGACGGUGGUCAAGCCGCUGCGCAUCACGCACCUGGUGGUGUGCCUGCACGGCUCCGCGCGCGUGUUCAAGAACCCCGUGGCGCCCGCCGACGCCGCCGCCGCUGCCGCCGGGCUCGUCGCGCCGGGCCGUGGCCGUCGCAACGGCGAGUACCGCGGCAACGGGCUGGCCACGCUGUUCGAGGAUGAGGUCGUGCUGUGCGGCGACGGCCGUCUGCGCGAGGGCGUGUAUCACUUUCGCUUCGAGCUGGCCUUCCCGCCCUACAGCCUGCCGUCCAGCAUCAGCUUCGAGCGCGGCGCCAUCGCCUACGUGCUCACCGCCACGCUCACCCGCCCGACCACCAUCUCGCCCACCAUGACCUGCGACGCCAACGUGCUGCUGCUCGAGUCCAUCGACAUCGCCCACCUGCCCGUCCCCAAGCCGCGCGUCAUCUCGCUCGAGCCCGUCGCCCGCCGUUCGGCCCUCCCGCGCACCCGCUCCAAGGCUGCCUCCGACGAGCUGCCUCCCGCCGACCCUCCUCCUCCUCCUCCUCCUCCUCCUCCGCCGCCCCCGCGCAGCCCCGUCCCCAGCGAGCGCAGCCACAACUCCAGCUGCCGCACCAACAGCACCCAGAGCUUCCACAUCGUCAGCGAGCCCAGCUCUGCCCGCGGCCUGCCCGCUGCCCGGCCGGACGACGCUGACGCCGACCACGACGACGGCCUGUGGCCCACCGCUGCCAGCCCCGAGAUCACCGCCACCGCCCGCGUGCUGCGCGCCGGCGUGCUGCCCGGCGACCUCCUCCCCAUCACGCUCGCCAUCAAGCACUCCAAGCCCGUCCGCAGCGCCAACGGCGUCAUCAUCACCCUGUACCGCCUCGGCCGCAUCGACAUGUACCCGCAGCUGCCCGUCGGCACGCCCGAGCACGGCAAGAAGCCCGUGUUCGAGGACUACUACCCCAAGUCGCGCACCGGCCUGGGCGGGCUCAGCUUCGGCGUCACCCGCACCACCAGCGUCUUCCGCAAGGACCUGUCGCAGGUCUUCUGCCCGCUCAUCGUCGACCCGACCUCCAUGACCGCCGACAUCAAGGCCUCCAUCCGCAUCCCCGAGAACGCCUUCCCCACCAUCACCCGCGUGCCCGGCGCCAUGAUCAGCUUCCGUUACUACGUCGAGCUCGUCGUCGACAUCCGCGGCAAGCUGACCGGCCACGACCGCUUCCCGCUCCCGCUCCCGCGCAUCAACAUGACCGGCCACCACGGCCUGCCCGCCGCCGCCGCCGCCGCCGCCACCACCAUCCUCGACACCGACCAUGUGCGCCGCGACAAGAGCGUCAUCUCCUGCCUGUUCGAGGUCACCGUCGGCUCCAAGGACAGCUCGCGCCGCCAGCGCCCGGACGAGUCAUCACUCCCUGACCACCCCCCGACACCGCCACCGCCCGCCGACGAAUACCACCCCCUACACCCGACCCACGACGAGCCACCCGUCUUCGUCCCUCCGCCGCAGCCCGAAGAGACCGUGGACGAGAAGACGAGACUGCGCCGCGCCGAGGAAAUGUUGCUCCCCAGCGUCCCGCCGCUCUCCGACGACGACGACCCCGGCGGGCCCUCCUCCUCCGCCUCGCUCCCGCCGCCCUCCGCGCCCGUCCUCGACGACUGUUCGGAAUACUUCCCCUCCGACUUCCCGCCCCUCGACCACCACCACCACCACCCGCGCAACGCCUCGCCCGCCGUCUCCGCCCCGUCCACAGACACCAUCACUCCCACCUGCCACCACUCUUCCUCCCCCGACCCGCACCACACCUUCCCCUACUCCCCACCACCCGCCAGCCCGCCCCCCUGGCCCCACCCCACCGACGACAAGCAGGAGCUCGAGCGCCAGCGGCUCCUCGCGCAGGCCAGCGCGCCGCCACCGGACGACGACGACGACCUCACUGCGGCUGCUGCGGCGGCGGCCAGCGAGCACGGCGCCGGGCCGAGCAGCGAGGUGCCGUCGGCGCCCGUGCUCACCGAGGAAGAUAUCAUGGGCCAUCCGGUGCUGAUACUGGAGGAGGAGGAGUCGUUGCCGCGGUAUCAGCGCGGGAAUUGGGAUUUGCAUUCGAGGGUGAAUGUGAAUGUGAAUGCGAAUGGUUCGUGA